AUGGGCAGCAAGCUUGUCGCUUUCCCUUAUUCCAUCCAACAAAGACUUGCAACGGAGGCGGAACCGACGUGGGAAUGGGAGGCGGUCGGGGGAAGUGCAGGCAGAGAUCGAGGGAAGGACCGAAUGGGCGACGAAGAAGGGGACGGGAAGAGAGGCUCUGCCAGAGGGAGCUGCGGGAACACAAGAGCCCGGCGCUCGACAGUCGUAGAGGAGGAAGGGGAGAUGAGACGAAGUGAGGUUGGUUGGUCAAGGUUAGGUCAGGUUAGGUCAGGUUGGGUCAGGGAAGGGGAGGAAAUGGCGGAGAAUGAGAGACCCAGGGGAUGGAGGUUCAUCACCAGAGUGGAUUCUGGGAUGGGAGAUGGAGAUGGUCAGUGGUUAAGUGAGAACCCGCGCCAGCACCGUCCACUUUGGAGUCGGGCAAAUGAUAACGCGCAGAAAUGGGCAGGGGAGCUCCAAUUUCACCAACCACCUCUUUAG